AUGAAAAACGAUAAACUGCGCUGUUUCCGGGUGUUUCGCUCCGGAAUCCCGGAUAUGUCGACUCCUGUGAUGCUAGGAAUCGACGAAGCUGGGAGAGGGCCAGUUUUAGGACCCAUGGUAUACGGUGGUUUCGUCUGCCCUAUAGGAGAGGCCUGCAACAACAUGCUCAAAGACGAGAUUGGCGUCAACGACUCCAAGAAGUUAACCGCCGACGCUCGUGUUAGCAAGUUCCGGCAGCUGAACACACCGUCAAAACCGUUUGCCGUGUGUGCAGAGGUGGUGACGCCAAAGUUCAUCAGCUACAAGAUGCUGCAGAGGUAUGUCUUAAGCAUACAGCAGUAUAUUCCGCGCAGAGACAGCUACAAUCUUAACAAAAUAUCGCACGAUGCAGCCAUCUCACUGAUUCGCCACUUUAUAUCGCAAGGUUUCAAUUUAAAGGAGGUGUACGUGGACGCCGUUGGUUCGACUGGUGUAUACGAGGCCAAAUUGAGUGCGCUGUUCCCUGGCAUCCGCUGCGUUGUCGCCACCAAAGCUGAUUCCAAGUUCCCCGUGGUCAGCGCGGCGUCCAUUGUGGCCAAGGUUAUCCGUGAUAACAUGGUCGAGUCGUGGCUGUAUGACAAGUCUGAGCACGUGGAAGUGGGUUCCGGAUAUCCCAGUGAUCCCACCACUGUGAGGUUUUUGUCCCGCAGUUUAGACAAGGUCUUUGGAUUCUCAACGUUUGUACGCACGAGUUGGGCCACUGCCAAGAACAUACUAGAGGACAGCAAUGUUGCUACCCCGUUCGAGUGGUACGAAAUCAACACCAAGGACAACGAACAGGAAGCCGAACGGCUGAAGGCGAUACGCGAGACCGAGUGGCCUCCAUUCCGUACGCUGCAGAACAUCACACAGCUCUGA